GUGAAAUAUCGCGGCCAAGUGUUACAAGCGCAUCUUCAACACUUGCUUUCUCUCUUGGGUUAACAUCUAACUCAAGCGAAGAAGCUGUCGCCUCAUGCAACUUGUUCGCACCGAUACCAAGUGAGUGACAGAGUAGUAAUUACUUUGUUUAGUCAAGUAUUAGUGUCUUGGCGUAAACCCUGCAGGCAACGAUUAAAUCACGUUUCUAAUUGAUAAAUUCAUCAAAGAAAUAACACCGAGACACACCGAACAUUUUUAUUUGUUGAAAAUUUAUCAAUAAGGUGUGGAAAAAUAAAGUGGAAGGAAAAAUAUACGAAUAAGAAAUGCAAUCUAACGCCUCUUCGACGUUAGAUCUUGAUACUUCCUCUAGUAGAUCUUCAACGUGCUGUGAUACUAAACACAGAAGUAAUGAAGAUAAUCAUGAUGAUAGACAGGAUCGUACAUCAGUUAGACAUUGUUCAUCUUCUGGUCAAACACUUUCACUGUCAUUGGAAGAUCGAGAGUUGUGGACAAGAUUUCAGACUAUUACUAAUGAAAUGAUCGUCACGAAGAAUGGAAGACGAAUGUUUCCAGUCGUAAAAGUUGUUGCAAGAGGUCUCGAACCGGCGGCAAUGUACACCUUGCUUCUUGAGUUCGUCCAGAUUGAUCCUCAUAGAUGGAAAUAUGUGAACGGAGAAUGGGUACCAGGAGGAAAAGCAGAAGUAGCACCUCCAAAUCCAAUUUAUAUUCACCCAGAAAGUCCAAACUUUGGUGCUCAUUGGAUGAAAGAGGCAGUGUCAUUUGCAAAAGUAAAGUUAACUAAUAAAUCUAACGGCAAUGGUCAAAUAAUGUUAAAUUCUUUACAUAAAUAUGAACCCCGAGUUCACUUGGUUCGUGUUGGUGCAGAAGAGCAAAGAACCGUUCUUACCUACAGGUUUCCAGAAACUCAGUUUAUAGCUGUAACAGCCUAUCAAAAUGAAGAAGUUACUGGUUUAAAGAUCAAGUACAAUCCAUUUGCUAAAGCAUUUUUGGAUGCUAAAGAAAGACCUGCAGAUCAACAAACUUAUCCACAAUAUACUAGUGCUUGGUUUCUUCCUCAACCAGCAAUGAGUUAUGAGUACACAUCACCGUCGGCAAUUGCUAUGGCUCAAAAUCAAGUCUCUAAUUCUACUGGAAAUCUUACCAAUACGUGUACAAUAUCAUCUGGAACACAUAAAAGUUCUUGUAGAACAUCACCUUAUACUAUUCGACAUAAAUAUUUACAAGAAGAAGAAAAUGUUGAUCCUUUCACAUCAGUACCAUUCCUCCAUUCAGCGGCAUACGUGACAAGUAAUUGGCCUCCAAGAAGUCCGGAACCUUUACCUGGAUUGAAUCCAUCAUUACCUCAAGAAUGGCCAGCAUCUCCGUUACCUUCACCAACAUCUUCAUCUCCAGCACCCUCUUACUCCCAUGUUUCUUUGGGGAGACCGGGAAAUGGUGCAGCCAUUCCAACAACAGCCUGUACCUUUUACAUUCCUCAAGCUCCUUUACCUUGUAAUUCCACCUCUCAUGAGCAUACAAUAGAGUCUUCUAAUUGGCUGCAUUCACCUCCAAUGUCUGAUCAGGUUCAACAACAAUCUUAUCUUAAUUUAAACCUUCAUUUACAUCAUCAAAUACCCCCUUAUUCACGGGGUGCACCUGCACUCCAAGUUCUUCAACAAUCUCCUAAUGAAAUAGAUAAUCAAUCUGGAAUUACUACUGGGCAUGAGUAUGAUCAUGGAUAUCCACAAUCUGUUAAUCAUUCAGAAAAUCCGGCACAAUUACUCCAACUCCCUUCUCAACCGGAUCCAUCACCAACUACAACAGAUCAAUAUGAUCCAUCAAAAGGACAUCACACUAUAGGAGGAUAUCAAGAUAGUAGUAGUCAAGAUAGUAAUGAUACCCGAGUCGAAAUAAACAGGCGGUAUGUGACCACAGUAAUCGAUCAUCGUCACACUUCCCAUCAAAGAGACCCAACAAUUGGUGAACCACAAAGUGGGUGGACACCACUUACUCCUCCUACAGUCACGCAAAACACUAGUAUUUGACGUAAUGUCAAAACAACUUGAAGGAAGAUUUCGUUAAUCUUUUAAAUAAAAUGAUAAUAAGGAUAAAAUUGUUAUUUAAAAAACAACGAAUUCCGUCCGUUAAAAAUGUUAAAGAUAAUGUUGAUGUUUUAAAUAUAUUGGAGAUGUAGUUAAACAUAGACUUGUAAAUACAGUA